AACAAACUUAAAAGUAAUUUUUGAGAGUCUAAAAGGAUUAAAAUACAAGAAAUUCUGCUUGGAAAUGGAGGGUGCAUUAGGUAUAGCAGAACAGAAGUGUCGAAGAUAUUAUGAUGGUUAUCGAACCUGUAUUGAAAGAUUCCCAGAAACUUGGCAUCUAGAUUGUACCAAGGAGAAAGACAAAUUUACUAAAUGUGCUGAAACACACCCUCUGAUCACUUCUAUUAGAUCUCAAUGUGAAAAAGAAUUCAAGAAAUAUGAACAAUGUGGGUUGAAAAAUCGAGACAGCCUUCAGAAUUGUGGGGAAGAGUACAAAGAUUUUGAAAAAUGUGUUUCCAAGGUUACAGCAGCUAUUAAAUCUGAGAACAACAAGCAAACUUGAUGUCAGUCGUAUUUAGGAUUUAUUUGUGUUUUUAAAUUGGAUUAUAGUGUUUUGCGAACUUGUGAAAUGAAACUGUGUGACAAUAGGGAAUAAACUAUCAAGUGUUUGUGGGCAAACUUGAUUUUGAAGUAUAUUGUUGAGAACUUUGUGACAAUCAGGAAGUAUCUAUCAGUGUUUGUUUAGGAAUAAACUAUCAAGUGUUUAUUUGCAAAAUAUAUAUCUAAAAUAUAGUGUAACAAACUUUGUGACAAUCAGGAAGUAUCUAU